AUGAGUUGGAUACGUCUCUGUGUCCAUUUACUGCUGUUCAUCGUGUUUGGAGGACAAACUCUCGAGUUCGACGGAAACCCGGUGACGGACGACAUCCUGAAGCUCAGCAUCCUGAGACAGAAUAUUCCUAAAGAUUACAAAAUUCCUGUGCGUUACAUUCCAAGGAACGAGGGGGGCAUGUGCUGGGUCAAACUCAAUGUGUUUUACCUGGAGGAGAGUUUAAAAGACUUAUCCCACAAGUUCGGAAACAUUUCGUCGAAUCGUAAAGACAUUAGCAUAAUAAUCGAAAUGCUGCAAGGCUCGCGGAUCAAGAUGGGCCCACUGGACGACAUCAUGUUCGAUUUCCAGUGCCACUACAGAGAGGAGCGGUGGGCCACAGCGCGAUACUUUGACUUUGUCAAAGAUUUCCUGUCAGCGACUCAGAGGAAGGAGUUUUUAGAUGACUGCGAACCUCCUCCCUGCCCCACCACCACAGUACUACCCACCACGAGCAUGGCCACAAGGCUCCAGUCAAGAGGUUCCACAGAGUCCAUCAGUGAAGUGUGUCCGCCGCAGAGGAACUGUCAGCCUCAAAAGCGCAUUCUCUCUGAAGUCCUCGAGCGCAGCCUCCUGUCCCUACUCUUCGUCCCUCUGCUAGCCAUCAUCCUCCUCCUCGUCUGCAAGCUGCGGUCUCGGAGGAGCGCACAGGACUUGGAGCAGACCCGAGUCGAGGACGAAGUCUUCACAGCGGCAGAAGGAAGAGCCGCUCUGGGUGACACCGGCGACUCUGAAACGAACCAGCUCAACGUGGUGACGGUGUGA